CUCCAUACCACGCCCCCGUUCCCGCGAUAAGGCUCGAUCGUCAGGCAUUGACUCUUUAAAGCAUAAAACCCGCCUGUCCCCUCGAAGGAACCUGCUUCCUUCGUCUUCUGCUCGCAACUUUCUCGCUCUUCCCAUAGGUCCCGCGCAAACAAUGCCCCAGUACUAAACACUGAACCCGCGCGCUCCCUCCGCGGGAUGCCCAAUUGCUGGCAUCCAUGGCAGGGUUCGCAGAGCCGGACACGGUUUCCACGCAACGCACCUCUUAUCGCCCAGCACAUGAACGGGAACCCCCUCCUCGACGCGCGCUCCCCAGCGGGCCCUGCAAUUACCGCGAUGCCUCGGUUGGCUCCUGCGGAUGUGACCAGUUCUGGGACAAGAGCAGUGCUGAGCUGCACGAUGGUAGCACCCUCCACCGGCCAGCGAGCGAGCGCGUGCCCUGGUGCGUCUGUGGGCAUCAUGCAUGCUACCAUCUAAGAGCGCCGCGCGCGUCGGAGCAGGCGACACCUGCUAUGCACAUGGGCACCAAGCACUUGGGACAGCAAGUGAAUGUAGACGAAGCUCUGAGUGCCCACGACGAGCGGAUACAAACGUCGCUCUAUGGCAGCAGCCAGCGACACCAGCGGACAGCCGCUUCUGAGGCCAACGGGCCCGGUCGCGUGUUGCAGAGGCGGGACGCUCCAACGCAGGUCAGCUCGUCCGGCCUGCCUGGACUCCCUUCGAUGUGCAUGCUCUCCAAUGACCGACGCCCAGCGGCUGGCGACGAAGCUAGGCAUGCUGCGAUCCAGCCCCGCGGAAUUGUAGCAGGGCUCGGGCUGUCCAUGUUGAAUAUGGAGAGUAUGCCAAAUAUUGACCGUCUGCAGUCUGCCUCACCCACCAUCGCCGACGACAGCGUCCCACCACCGCAUCAGCGAGCCUUGACCGAGCCAGAGCGCGCCUCGACCCGGGAGAACUCGGUACCGGUCGACUCGAUCCGGCUCCUCAGCGACCUGCGCGGCCCCUUUGAGCAGAUCAAAGACUUCAACCGUAAUCUGCAAGCUGACGUCGCCGGUGACACGAUCCCAAACACGCUCGAUCCACACGACUUCAUACACAGCACAACCGAGGUCGCAACGCCCAGCAUACGAGGCACGCCUGACCUUGGUGCUGCUGACAGUGCGGUGCAGCAAGGGAAGAAGCUAAUUGAUACGCUGUCUCGACUGGCUUCGAACAAGCCAGGACCAGGCAGCUCUCCAAAGAGGCUCGACGAUGUCACUCCUGUGCCUGGUCAACAGCCAAACUCGCCCCUUUUACAACAGGAAGAGCAGCUGCAGAAUGUCUUAAAGUCAGCAUCACCUCAAGAUCUCCAGAAGCUGGUGUCGUACCUGGCACCGCUGCACAAUUUGCUGAGCACUAUACCGAACGUGGCCAAGACUAUAUGGGACUUGACAUACCGUCUGGAAGUGCUUGAGAAUGGAUCCUUCAACUACGUGCAGCCCGAGGACCUCCAUCCAACCCUCGAGAUGUACGAUGACAGACUCGUCACUGUUGAAAAUCGCCUGGAGGAGCAUGAGAAGAUGCAUCAAGCUCUUGCUGACGACAAUAGCAGCGUCUCGUACAGUCGACGUCGUAUUGACAACGUCACAGGAUCGUUCAGCUCCAAUCAGUCUCUGCAGUCGACUACGUCCUCAGCUUUGAUUCUCGCAGCCAUGGAACGCAAGGACAAAGAGGCCGAGCUUAGUGACAUCAAGGGCCGCCUGGAGAUGUUAGAGUCCGCGGCUGUACCAACCACACUCAAUCCUUGGGAGGUCGAAGUCGUGCUGUUGCCAUGGGGCCGUGAACUGCGGGGCAUAUGGUUUUCACCCGAUCAACCAAUGCACGAAUCGUCAAAGACCACCACUCAAGACUCUGAGGAAUGGACUCAAGCUAGGAACGUGAAGCCAGCCCAGAGCCUUCAGAACUUGCGCGACACUGGUUCGAGUCCCAAUCCUGGCGCCAAGGGCAUCUUCAGUGAUACCGAGAGCGGAUGGAGCAGUCAAGCCAUCAGCGAUUGGGCGUCUGGAUCAACCGACGACUGGCUAUACCCCAAGGCCUGCGGUGCCAAUAAUUUGGUGUACAAACGCCUCCUCAGUCGUGGCUUCAUUCGCAACGUCACACUGCACAGCGCCAAUGCUCGUGACAUCCAGGCUACAUUGUCCCAUGCCUUCAGCGAUGUUAUGGAGUGGCUACAAUUUACAGAUCGCGAUGAAGACCAGAUGGUUGCUGCCCAUCCUGCUCUACGAGCCUCGUUCAUCCCACUUCGCAAAGUCAUGAAAGAGUCUAAGCUCCGCUUCCUUGCUCCGAGUGAGAUGUCGAGCUCUGCACAUUGGUCUGCGCAGUUCCUUGCCGCUGGCGUGGUGAUGCGUGUCUCAGGUGGUAAGAGGAGGCUGUAUGUCACACAGCGAGAGGCAUACGUGCAACGCAGCGAUGAGAUGGGCAGCUCGUGGACUUGGCCUGAACUGCGACAACUGCCUCGUUUCAAGCCAGGUCAAGACGAGCAGAUGGAGGGCAACGACGAGCAGUGUCAGCCGGUUCCGGAGGCAGAUGCUAAGGAAACAUGUUGGCAGUACAUUGCUACAUACGAUGCUCCUCCCGUUAGCGUCAACUCGUCAUUUAGCAGUCAUCAAUCGGUUGAGCUAUCCAUGCGGCCAGCGGACGGCCAGUGGCGCCGUUCUAUCACGCCCUGCUCGAUCCUGAAGCACAGGCAGCAACAGCCUCCAUCGCCCAUCAGCUUAUUUCAGCAACGGCCAAGAUCUUUGAGCCGUACAGCUUCCACCUCGGUUCUCGAGAUACCUGGCUCAGCGAAACGGCGUUUCAACUCGUCCCCGACGAAGCACGCAUCAUCACAGCCAAUGCACUCACGCGCUCCGAGCAUUUCUAUGGCUCGGCAGAAGCGUAGACGAGUCAUAGAUUCAUCAUCACCGCAUGAAUUGGCAGCUGCACCUGAGAUGGGGCCAGUGACAAUCUGGAACCCCACUCCACGACGCUCACGGGAGCCGUCUUCCCCUCACAUCACCCAUCCCGCGUUACCGAGGUCAAGCUCAGAUGUCAACAGUCGUCCAAGUCAACGCUCUGCAACUCGGGCAAGCAACGCUGCAGCAUUCGCAUACGCCACGCCAGCUUCAGGACCGUUCCUCGGCGGCCCUGCCUUUGGUGGCUACAACCAGGGAGGGGACACAGAACCUGACGACGAUAGCGGCGAUGACAACGAGAACGGAGAGGACGCCGAUGACGAUGACGAUGGCGAGCAAAGCUGGCAUGGCGUCACGGACGGCGAUGAGAUCAGCGUCUCGUCCUCCGACUCUGACGCCAACGCCGGCGCACAAGAGAUGGUCAGCUUCUCGGGCGAUGACAGCGGUUUCGAAUCUGAGAACGACGCUUCCCAAUCAGAGGGCGACCGAACCCCGACUGCCCGACGGCGACUCGAUGAAGAUGAAGACCAGAGUGAGGACGAAGACAUGCACGCUGAAGACGACGGUGUCGAGAUUCUCGAUCACUUACUGGAGGUACUCGAACCCCGGCACGAAUGCACGCUAUACGAGUGCGACUCAUCGUGUUAGUCGCAGCACGGCGCACACGGAAAAGCGCAACAAAACGCGCAGCGAAUGCCAUCACCGUUCAGACUAUUGUUUAUGAUCCUCGGGGUGGGUAAAUAUGGACAGAAUCGGGAUUGGAGAUGGGGAUUAUCGGAGCGUUUUUGUACGGCUUUUGUACCAUACUAUCUCACAUCUCUGGCUGGUUUCCUUGUUGCGGUGAUCUUACUUUUAGCUCUGCUUUUCGUGUCAGGUUUGUAUUAAGAUGGCAUAGCGAGCGUAGCAUAUCAUGGCGGUGAUUGCCAAUACUCUCCCCUUAGUGUGGAGUAGCUGAAUACAAAUACUGAAUUGGAAGACGCUCUUUUGUUGGCUGAGGCGAACGUGAGCGACAGAAGGGGGUGGCUCAACAUCGUCGCUUGCUCGGUCCUACGUGUUCCCAGAGGCGUUCAGAGGCGGAAGAUCGCGGGAGAGAGUAAGUGAGGAUUGACGAAUAGCGUCCAAUGUAUUACCUAUGCUCCGC